AAUGUCUUAAGAACAUGAUUUAGAUGACAUUGCUGAAUAAUAAUUGGCAGAAUAAACUGCUCUAAGUUAAAUUCCUUCAAUUCCAGAUUAGGCCUUACCAACUCGAUAAUAUUUAGAGAAAGCAGUUAUUGAUCAACUUCAAGGUAGAUUAUUUGAAUUAAUGUGAAGAUGCAUUAAAGGCAUUAGCAAGAGAAAGACCCAAAAAUCCAAUUGAAUUUUUUUCAUAUUAUUUGUUGACUCAACAUUGCAACAAAAAGAAAGAAUUACAAGAAUAAUGAAA